AUGAAUGAGAUUAAAUGCGCAGUAAAUUCAAUUCAUAAAAUACUGCAGACACCAUCAAAACAUCCGCUUUCGUACCAGGACAGAUCUCAACUAGCCGAUAUUCUUGACACUCUUAUUUCAUCUAUUAAUUCGAAUUCACCAAGAAAAGAAUGGACUCGAUUGAUUUGUCGACAGUUAAAUAGGCUGACAAAUUAUAAUCAAUUAAUCUCAAGUAGAAUUUGGAUUCAAUCUCAUGAGGACGUCCUUUAUCUACAAGAAGAAACAAAUGGCGAACAAGGUAUGGGUAGAAGUUGGAAUCAUUUUAACACAAUGAUAAAUUUUGAAAAAGAAAUAGAGCAUCGUGAAUCACGAUUUUACCUUGAUAUAAAAGAACAAAAAAUCGAACAAAUAAAAAUAAAUAGGAGUGUUGAAGCCGAGCACAUUACGAAUAUACUUCGGUGCAAUCGAUGGAUUAUCAUAUUAGGUGAUCCAGGUAGUGCAAAAACUAGUCUCCUUCAAUGGAUUACACGUGUUUUUGCUGAAUCAAUUAUUAAUGGUCAAGAACGAGUAGCUUUAAAAGGAGAUGAUUCUAUUCCAAUUCGUAUUCCUAUUUUGAUUCGAAUAGGUGAAUUUGCAAUGUGGCUUAAGCAAUAUCCAACAAAGGCAGUCAUAGAUUAUAUUGGCGAGCAUACCUGGGAUUCAAAACGUUAUUGUCAUGAUGAUUAUAAAAAUGUGUUGAAAGCAUUGGUAGCUCACGGUCAUACUUUGAUUCUAUUAGAUGGACUUGAUGAGACUACUGAUGUUAGGGAAAAAAGAGAAAUUGUUGAUCUUGUUAGGAAAUUUGUUGAUGAAUAUGUGCGUGGACCUGAUUUUAUUUCGGCAUUCGAUGAUAGAAUGUUUUAUGGGACAUCGUUAGAUUAUCGUUAUCAUCAAAUAAUUGAAACCAAGCCACCGAGUAUGCCUGAUGGUAAUCAGAUAAUUAUUACGAGUCGUAUUAUCGGUUAUCAAGUACAUCCACUUGUUGGUACUUUCAUGUGUCACUAUGCAUUUUUAUUAAUGAAUUAUAAUGAAACAAAGGAGUUUGUGAAAAAAUGGUUGUUCGAAGUUGAUAAAAGUCUAUUUAAAAUUUUGCUGAAUGAAGGAAUUAAUCUUGAUGGAGAACUAGUAAAAGUUCUAUCGAAGAGAAGAUAUAAUGUAUUGAAAGCACUGCUAAAAAAUAGCUCAGAAUUAUUAUCAAAUCCUUCUUUAUUAUCUUUGAUCUGCAAAUUUACUUUCCAAUCAUUCGAUAAAUUUAACUCUAAAUCUCGAGUCGAAGUUUAUGAUCAUGCUGUUCAAGUAGCACUACAUUCUUGGAAAAAUCAUGAAUCGAAAAUUCCAGAGAGAGUACUUAUUCAUUUUUGGAUCGCUGUUGCUUGUUAUCUUCAUUUAAACUCACCAUCUGGCCUUAUAGAUGAGUACGAUAUAAAACAGCUAUGCUAUUCAACCUUAAAACAACAACGUAUAUCAUGUGAUCAUAAAAUGUUACGUGAAUAUGUCUGUAAAUUGAUAUCGUUAGUUGAUUUUAAUAUUGGUAUUUUUUCUGAACGAGGUUUACAAACAUUUGGUUUUCUUCAUUUAUCAUUUCAAGAUUAUUUUGUUGCUCAGUCACUUGUAAAUGGUUCGCCUGAUGAGGUUGCAAAACGUAUUGUUACAAUCACUGUUCAUCCUCGUUUUCAUCAAUCACUUCUUCUUGCUAUUGGUUGGAUUAGUUGGAAAUGGUCAUCUGAUAAUUAUGACAUGUUUUGUAAUUUACUUAUCACUUUAUGUACACAAUAUUCGAUUCCAUUUGGGACAAUUCUUUUUUUCGAUGCUCUUAAUGAUAUACAAAGAUUACCUUCAAAUUCAGUUAUCUUUAUCGCACUUAACACUUUACUUGAUCAUCCAUAUUAUCCAAGUAGAACAACAUAUUUAAUAACAAGUCUAUUGAAACUACAUGAAAAUAUUAUAAUACAAUGGAUGCAAACACAAUUGAAAGAUGAAAAACGUCUCUCUAACUUUUGUCAAUGUUUAUUGCAAAAUGCUAAGGAACCUAAUGAUAAAAUUCAAACCAAGCAGAAAUCAAUACCAUCUGCUGUUUAUCAACAACUGUGGUUAUUACACAAUGUUAGUGAAUCAGUCGAAUUGAUCAUCGAUCAAACCUUACGAAUAAUAAUGAGGUCAGCUACUAUAUCUGAUCAAAUCUUUAACAAAGAUUUAUCUUUGUAUUUAUUAUCAAAUAACAUUUCUAUAUCUCAUACUCAUCCUUUAAUUAUUUCUGUCAUUAUUGCCGUAUGCGAUGGAGUAUGUCUUAGAGAUGAGAAAGGAGUAAUUAAAAUUGACUUUUCAAUAAAACGAAUGCAUCGCCAAUCUUCCAUCUUAAAACCACUUAUUGAAUAUAUCUCUAAUAAAAAUGAACCUCAUUCAAUCAAAAUUGGAAAACUCAUAAAAAAAUAUGAAUGUAUUAUUCAAAAAUCUUUACCUUCGGAUAGCUCAAGUGAUGUUGUCGAUAGUUUUAUUGCCUUAAUUUGUUUGCAAGGACUGUUGCAGCCAUUGAUUUAUGAAAAGUAUGAUAAAUAUGAAGGAUUAUCACUGGCACUUAAUAGAUUAAAACGGACAUGGUUUUAUAUUAAAGAAUCUUAUAAAAACUGUUUAUCUAGUAAUGAUGAAUUGCAUAAGACAUCUUUCAUACAAUCUGAAGUUGAAAUGAUCAUAUAUGAGUCCUUUUUACAACUUGAUCAAUCCCAUGAAGAGCAAAUAUCAUUAUUAAUUGCAUGUGCAUCGGCAUGGAGAAAACUUGGUAUACAGAAUCAAACUAUAUGGAUUGACACAGACGAUUCUUAUGACAAUGAGGAUAACGAAUAUUUUCAAUAUCAAUCACCAUUCACUCAUGUGAUUAACAAACAAAAUCUAGAUGAGAUGAUAAAUAAUAUUGAUUCACAACAAACAUUACACAGAAAACUAUUGUUCUUGCUUAAUAUACUACCACAAUCUCUACAACAAUUGUAUUACAAUGCAAUCAUAUCACCAACUAAUAAUAUCAAUUCAUUAUCACUAGUUAUGUUCUUAUCCGAAUGCUUACUCCAUUUGGAGCACUUUGAAAAGAUUGAUUUUGAUAUAUAUCUCGCCUUGAUAAUGUUGUAUUCUUUAUUGAAAGAAUACAUGUUGGAAAACUAUGCUUUAAUAUUUUACAAAGAAAAAUGUUCUCAGUUGACGUCAAUCAUAGAUAAAGAUUGCAAUAAAUUAUGGAAAAUGAUACAACAUCAUAAACUACUUGACCCAUUUCUUAUCAAUCAAUCAGAUAAUUUGGCAAUACUCAUCAGUGUAGAACGUCAGCGUAUUUAUGAAGCAAAAGAAUCAAUUCAAAGUCAACAGAAAGAUUUACGACUUUUUGCUGCAUCCAUCUCUCUUGCUCGACUUUUACAAGCUCAACAUCACUGUCAUACAUACCAUUCAAAAAAUACUUUUCUUAUCGAUUCUACGGAGAGCACAGUAAUAUAUUUUACAGUAACAAAUAUACAUGAUCGAGUUUUAAGAAUCUUUGCUUUAAGCUUUAUAUUAGAUAUGAAAGAUCCAUUAAUCUUUGAUGAAGAACAAAGAGAUCAACUGCAAUCUACAAUGGUUACUGAAUUACAGACUCUGCUCCCACAAGUCUCAUUACUAACAGGAACUGUUUUAUAUACCCGAUGUUACACUUUAUGUUCUCAACAAAUGACUCGUGUAAUCGCUGAAAAAUUUAAUGAUGAGUUACUUAAUGAACAAAGUCGAAUUGGAGAAGCAGUAUUCAUUGCAUUGAGACAACUCAAAAAUUCAAAUCUUUCACAUUGUUUAUCAGAGUUUACUAAACGAAAACACAAUUUAUCUGAUUUGCUUCAAUUGAAUUCAACGAUAUUUUAUCAUCAUUUUAAUAAAACAACAUCAUUUAUUUCAUCAAAUAAUGUUCUUCUAUCGUUGAUGUAUCUGUUUGAAUUGAUUUUUGAUACUGAAAUUCUCAGGAUGUAUGUAAGAGAUAAUCAGAAAAGGGAUAUUUUACCUUUGAAAGCACUGAAACUAUUUUGGGAUGAAUCAUCAAAAGAUGGGAAAAUUAUGACAUACAAGCUUGCAACAUCGAUUACGAAUAAUUUGCAUAUGUUAAAUAAACAAGAUCUUCAUCUGAUCAUACGAGAUAUUUGUAAGUGCUCAAUCAUUGAAAGAAAAGCUCUGACAGUGAUUGAAAAAUGGCUCGACUAUCGAAUGAAUAAAGUCCUGAAGGUUUUUGCACACUAUGCUGCAUUACAAUUAUUUAUUGAAGAUUCAAAUAUUCCAGAUUUGAUCGAUAUUAUAAAUGAAAUGUUCUAUAUGGAUAAUAAAUUUAUUUGGGAAUCAAUUAUAGAAAAGUUAAUUAACUCUUCACUUGUUAAUUCAAGUAUCGUUCGUCAAAUUUUAAUUACAUUACAUGAAAAUGUUCAUUGUUAUUCGAACUUUUCUGUUUCGAUUUCUUGUAAAGAAAUGUUUGCAUUAUUUCUCGAUUUAGAACUAAAAAGAGUUAUUUCAAAUGUACAUGAAUCAUCUAAAAUUUCAUUUAAUUCAUUUUUAUCGAUGAUUCGUUUUUGCUCAGGAGAUUUGAAUUUUUAUCUUGUAGAAAAUUUUCGCUCGUAUUUAAAUUUUCAAUCUGAAUUAGAAAAUGCUAUCAAAGAUGAAUAUUUUGCUUUUGUUAUCAAAUGGAUGAAUAAAGCUAUAACUUCGUAUAGUAACGAUGAUUUUUUGAUAGAAUUAUACAAAUACAUUAUUACAAUACCAGAUCUUAAACAAUAUCCUCUAGUUUACAAAGUAAUUGUUAAUGCUCUUAAUGGAGAAUAUAAUCAUUUCUUUUCAGAAAAUGAGAGGAUAUUUUUACAGAAUGAUAUAAUUACUGAGUUGGAGAAAAUGAUUUAUUUUUCGUACACAAGUUCAGAAGAUGUUUUAGCUGUUUGUUUACUGGCUUAUGGUAAUUUUUUAAUUCAAUAUCAUGAAUUAGAAAUAAGUCGAAAUAUGUCAGAUGCGAUGAAAAAUAUUCUUACUAAACAUUUGGCUGAUACAAGUCAACGUUUAUCACAAAGAGAAAUACAAGCAUUAAAUAAACGCUUAUGGUACAUUGAUCAUGAAAAGGAUGGACAAAUUCAUUCUGUGAUAACUGAAGAAGAAUGGCAAAAAGCACAUGAAUAUAUUACGGUUCAACGUCGACCUAAAUCAUCAAUAGUUGAACCGGAUUCAGGCAUAACAUUAUCUGUUGGAUGGAUAAAAAAGUGGAGUAAAAGAGAAGAACGAUUUUAUUACUUUAAUAACAAUACAGGCGAUUCUCAUUGCGAACCACCAAUAUAA